UUUUUAUUUCCUCGGUACUGCUAAUAUGGCGGCGCACAGAAGGAACAACAUGUCGAUGAUUAUAAAUAUCUCUAUAUGCCCGUGUUUGUAAACGUUCUUUAAGAGUCCAAGAUGAAGGAAUAUCUGUCAUGUCAUAAUCUCAUCAGAGACAAACUGAUGAAACUAACAGAUAUUUACAAUGAUGGAAUGGAAGAAGACAGUUUGUUGAAUAGAAAGUUUGAAAAGUUAUUUGAGAUGAAAGAAAUCAAGCAACAAAUUGUUAUUCUGAAGGAGAUAUGCAAGGAUGUCCAGGAUGAUUACAAGGUAACGGACCGUGGGCCAAAAUUUAAUUUACCUGUGGAGAUUUUAGUGGACAUAUACCUGAACUGCUCUCCCAAACACACAGCAAAGAGGUUACUGGCAAGCACCUUCCAAAAUUUUAAGGAUGACCUGAAAACUGUAGUGUGUGAAAAGAUGAUAGAAGAAGUAACUGUGAAGGUCACAGCUGAGGUCAAGGACAUACAAACUGGCAGAGAGACUGUCAACAUGAUAUACUGUCUCAUGGAAAAUUUUAAAUUGGGAGAGAAAUGUCUCUCAGAAAUAUUCCUGCCAGUCCUUCAGUAUUUGUCCAGUGCUUUGGAGAAUUUUGUGGCAGCAAAAAGUUGUGACCUGUCCCCAGUAGAAGAUAAUGAAGUAAUGCAUCAUUGCCUAGCCACCAUCCAGGCCUCCGGUAAACUGCUGCAGAAAUGUUCUGGAGGGACGGGUGCCGGGAAUACAGAGAUCGACAUACAGGGAGACAUUCAAUUCAUCUCACGGGCAUUCUUCAACAAUAUCAUGCUGAUACUUAAGUCAGAUAAUUUUCUGCUGGACUGUAAGACCAGUGGUAGCAUGUGUCUGACCCUUCUGCUAAAACUAACAAUGGGACAAAAAGUGACAGAGCUGAUAUUGGAUGUAGUGUUUGGUGAAGAUAUCGCUAGUAAGGCCCACAUUCCAGACUGGAUGUUACAGACAACAUUCUGUAAGAGCGAGCUAUCCCAGCUUUCCUCCACUUCCUGUUUGUGCCUGUGGUUUGGGAUCCUGGCUCAGUUAGAUGUUUCAGACUUACUACAUCACAGCAGCAAUAACAAGAGUCUGCUGACUGACGUCAUGUUGAUGAGGAUACUGUCUGUGGGAAACUGUGACCCUGGUGGAAAACUUCAGAUGGCCAGAACUGUUCACAUGUGGACUACAAGAGCUUUGGCCUGUUUGAAGUCGGACAGCUGUGACCCACGAGUAGCCAGUAGACUGACCGGUUCUGAGGCCCUGUUACAGAGACUACUGGACUUUAUCUGGACAAUCUGGGAGGACACGACAGACGUUAUAAGAUUUACUGCAAAAGACAUCUUUGAAUCUGUCAUCAAGAUACACAAGACUGCAGUAAAUACUAAAGCAUCGGAAGACCAGUUUCUGCUAGACUUGACCAGAUCUCUCUUGUUUGAGGUGAGCUGGUCAGGCAAAGGUAAAUAUGGAACACUCCGGACACUGGCCGAAAAUCUGAAAGUUUCCACUCUCCUCCAGUUCAAACCAGAACUUGCUCAGGACAUUCUAAACAACCUAAAGGAACAGACGGUUGCCUGUUAUGCCAGUGAUUUGUACGACAAACUUCUGACAGAGCACCUGAAGGAACUUUCCCAAACAGGCAACAGGGAAUGCUGGCAAAAAACCUGGGUGUGGCCAGUGUUGGAGUGCAUGAUGGGAAACAACACACAACAGAGGACAUUUGUCAUUGAGUACAUACUCCCAAAACUACUAAAAACCGGGAAGGAUACCUUACAGUACAUGAUAUCAUCCAUCUGUAGCAACAACCACUCAGUUUCAGAUGACCAGCUAGGUGCCCUGAUUAUGUGUCUAAGAAGAGCUCGAGUCAUGGGUCUGUUAGACAACUCCGAGUCCAAGUCAUCAGACUGUUUGUAUGGAGUUGUGAAGAUUGAACUGGUCAAGCAAGCACUCAGCCACACAGAUGAUCAAGCCAGACUGGAUGCAUUUGCUUUACUAUGUGAAAACCAUAAGACAUCGGAACCUAUCGACCAAUCAGAGUUCAGAUUACUCAAGUACUUCAUCCAGUGGAAUAUGAAGAAUCAAUCACCAUCCUUCAGACAACACAUGGUGGCUCAUGUCAAAAAGCUGUUUAUAAGAUUUAAAGAAAGUGAAGGGGCAUUGUGUCGAAAGCUUCAUUCGAGAAAUAAAUCUCUGGAUGUCAACAGAGCUUUGAUGUUCUACAAGGACUUUGGGGCCUGGCUGUUCCAGUUUCUGCUUCACUCCCUCUAUCCAGGGUCAGCGUUUGCUAGACGUACCACAGCUUUGUCAAUCCUCUCUGUAAUGGUUAAUCUGUUUCAUCCUGCAAACAAGGGAGGUUAUGUCCUAUGGAGUGAGUGGAAGGGCUGUCACAUUCAGACUCUGAUGGAAUGUCUGACAGACACGUUUGAAGACAACAAAAUGGAGGCAUAUAACAUACUAAAGCAAUGCUUCAAUCAAGGACUGUAUUUGAAGAAUAUGAUUCGUAUGAGUAAUGAUGAGUUGCUGGACAUCAGUAUGGAGUUAGCGGGCAGUAAUCGACCACAGGACUGCACCACAGGGGCCUUCCUCCUUCGAAUUCUGCUCCUCCAGCCUAACAUUCAGGACUUCCUCCUAAAUCCCGAAGAAACUCUCCCAAAAUACCUCACACCUUCUGCUCUCACACAGUGGGAGGAUUUAUUGAAUGGGACACAAAACUUGAAGGCUGCUCUCCAGAAAAUUUCCCAGCAGGCUUCCAGUAACGACUCUUCUAGGGGAACUCUUCUGUUGGUCUGGAUUUUGCUAUUGUAUCUAGAGGAUCAACUAAAGAUUGCUAAAAAUGGGUUGUUUAUCGCAGCAGCCACUAAACCAAUGUAUCCCACAUUGCACUGCAUCAGAUACAUCCUGUUUGGUGUUAACCUAAGAAAGCUCUCUAAAGAAGAGAUGCUGCUAUGGCAACCAGUGAUGGGUAAACUCUUAGAAUGUUGCCUGGUGAUAUCAGACAUUGUGUCCCCUGUUGUACAAAACAGCUCUCCUGAAGGAAAUGUCCCAGAGGAGGCUAUCAAAGGUGUAGAGUCAAUCUUUGCAUCGGAGGGUAAAAUGAACACUUCCGAGGCGGAACGUUUGGUGGAAACAGUUACACUGAUGCCAGAGUAUCUUGUCGUCUGCUGUUGGCGGAAUGUUAAGGAAGUAUCCUUGUUAUUGGGGCAGCUUACAUUUGAAGCACCAAUCACAACACCCGACACAUCAGUCAUUGGACUACUCACUGUGCAGCAGAAUGAGAUCAUAGGAGAGUAUUUCAAGAAGCAGUUGAUGGAAUCAAUACACAGGGGAGCAUUCGAGCUGGCAUGUGCUGGUUUUGUCAAACAGUGUGAAAUGUUGUGGAGGUGUAACAUCAAGGCCCUCCAUCAACUACCCAAGCUGUGGCUGGAACAAGUAAUGGCUGACAUAAAAAACGAUGAUGAGACCAAUAAGCUGUGUGCCACAAGAAGAAGUGCUGGCAUCCCAUUCUUUGUACAGACUUUGGUUUGUACGGAGCCCCAAAGUACAGGCCGGCCUUGUUUUAAGUGGACCAUGACUGAAUUGCUACUACUGGCUCUCAAGGAGGAUCGGCUAUGUGGAACUCUGUCAAACUCCAAGGUCCACGCCUUGAACAUACUGAGAGCAUUGUACAAGGAUUCUAGGCUAGGUGAAGUGGUUACUUCCUUUGUAGCAGAUGGAUUGAGGGCAGCCAUUUUAGGAUUUCAGUCGCCAUUCUGGGCAGUGAGAAAUUCAUCUACUCUCCUGCUCAGCACCAUGAUGACCAGAAUAUUUGGAGUUAAAAGAAGCAAAGAUGAAUCAAAUCUCUCCAAGAAAAAUUGCCAGACGGGAAGACAAUUCUUCAACCAAUAUCCAUCUCUUUAUCCUUUUCUUCUGAACCUGCUGGAAGUAGCCACUAGAAAUAUAAGUGACACAGCGCAGCUCCAUCUACAUCCUGGACUGUACCCUGUGCUAAUGAUUCUAGGACGACUCUUCCAGUCUCCGCUAGAGGGCGCUGAUACCUCACUAAACCUGGCAGCAUUUAUACCUUAUGUUAUCAAAUGCAGUUCCAGUCCAGUACUAAAAACCAGACUCAUGGCAACCAAGGCACUUCACCCAUUGGUGCAAAAGGGUCAGCUGACUUCAGUAAUGUCCCAAUUGAUAAACUUGGUCCCGGCUUCCCAGGAAGCAGCCAAACACAGCCAUGUACACGGUGCUCUGGUACAGAUUUUGAAUAUGAUGGACAUGAUUCUCGCCCUGCCGGAGGGAAUUAAUUGUUCCGAGUGUGGACUGUCGAUGUGGAAAGAUAAGAUGUGGUUACUCACCAGAAAGAAUCCAUGUUACAUGACAAAAGAAGCAGCCUUUGAGGUCUCAGAGAAAGUCCUGAAAGUGAUGAGACAGUUUCCAAAUGAGCAGAUUUCUGAUAUCUCCACAGUAAUUAGCAAAAAGUUGCAGGGAGCUUUGAAUGAAGAGUUUUUAUCUGGAACAUACAACAGAAAGGAUUUGUGUUCUGUUCCAGUAUUUGUUGAGUAUAUCACACGUAUUGCCAAAAUGGACCUACAGCUUUCACUCAGACACUCCACUUCAUCUUCUGACAUGCAAACAAAAGUGCAAGCACUGCUGGCAUCAGAGAUAUAUGAAGUUAGAUUAGUGAUUUUGGAUACACUGAUAACACUGUAUAAUGAAAAUAAGACUUACAUGAAGGCAUCGCCUCAACCAGAGAAUAAUUCUACAGAUAUAGCUAACAUGGAACAGGUGACGUCGUCUGCUGCCACAGAACGUGUGAUGUCGUCUGCUGCCACGGAAUUUGUGAUGUCAUUGCUGCCUUAUCUGUUGAACAUGGCUCUUUAUAAGGAACAACACUUUGAAUGUCAAAUACAGUUGUUUAAGGCACUGGAUCUUCAUCCCUUGUUGCUGAAGAAAGAUUGGAAAGACCUGGGUGUUCAACAGAACUCCACACAGGUUUUAAAACAAUGCUUGGCUGUGAUAGAAUCGUCUUGGAGGGAUGAAGUUAAAGCUGCUGUAAUACGAUUCACUCGAUGGCUGAUAUCUGAUGUUCUAGACCACUGGACUGAUGAUUGUGUGGAAAUGGUGCAUUCCUGGAUGAUGAUUCUCAGGGACAGUGUGGAGACAGAAAAAAUCACUGACCUUCAACUCAGUGUUGCCAUGGUGAUCCAGCACAAUGCCAACUGUCUUCUCAAAAAUUGUCAGUCUACAUUAGGAAUUAAGAAGAUGUUUGAAUUCUGGGAGAUGUUAACUAAAUUACAACAGGAGGAUGACCCAGAGGUCAGAGAGGUCAUCACCAUGACAUUGCUGGUGCUUGGAAAUGAUAGAGCUGUCCAGCCGUCCUUGACCUUGGAUUACUUGGUGAGGUCCUUUGUUGGUACACAUGCUGUAACAAAGGGAGCUAACUGUCUGCUGACUCUGAUAUCAUGGAUGAUUGACAAUGAUUCCUCAAGCGAGGGUGCAGAGCGACUGUUUGACAAAAGUGAAAUGAAUGUGUUCAGAGAGGAUGUGUUGUUUUACCAGGUCAUUUUGAAGUACUGCCUUACUCUGAUUCUGUCAACACAGCUCAGAGAUAGCAACACAGAGGAUGAAGAUGUCACACCAUUGACACCAAAUGUAGAGGGAUCUUCUGAUGUAAAAGGAACCUCUGGUGUUGAGAAAGUUUUAUCACAGCUUCAUCUAGUAGUAGAUGAGAACUUUUCUUUGUCCAACACAGUGUUGCCAGUCACAAAAACCAAUAUGUCUGAAGUUUUAGAGAUGAUUGGAUCGUUUCUCAAGAAGUUUUCAUGUUCAGCAGGAAGUGAGAAAGCAAAACCAUUUCUAAAAACUAAUGCAUUUCAGGAUAGCCUUUUGGAACAGUAUAAGUGUAAAGUGCUAGGCUUUAUAUAUAAAAUCCUUUGUGAUAUAACUGAACAUUCAUUUAGUGAUCAGGAAGUGUGUGUCAUGUCAAUGGAAUCAAAGAGUGAAACAGCAAAUUUUACUCAUCCAAAUUGUUUUGUAUCAAAUUGAUAUAUAUGCAACCGCCAAAUAAUAAUGAUGCAAAAAACAUGGUUUAUCUAUCUAGUUUGUGUGUACAUGUGGGUAUGUGUGAUUGCAAUAUCUGUAUUGAUAUAUAUAGAAGUCUUCCCAUUUUGAAAUGAACUAAUUUAGAAUGAGCUAAAACCUUUGUGACUGAGUAUAUAUCGAUGAAACAAUGAUGAGUAUUGAUUGUGAGAAGUUUAAUUACAGGCACUAGUAUCCCAAAGUUAAUAGAGUGGAAGAAUAGGAGCUACAAAAACAUUAACAAAGUCACAACAAUCUCUUAUCAGAUAAAGUAUCCUAUUCAAGGGGAGAAAUGCUUCAAUUUUAAAGACAAUAAAAUAACAAUGCAUUAUGUUUCAAGGGCUUUCUUAGCUCACCUGAACCAAAAUCUCAAGUGAGCUUUUCUGAUCGAAAUAUGUCCGUUGUCCGUCGUCGUUGUCAUAAACUUUUCACAUUUUCAUCUUCUCCAGAACCACUGGGCCAAUUUCAACCAAACUUAAUACAAAGCCUCCUUAAGCGAAGGGGAUUCAAGUUUGCUCAAAUGAAGGGCCACGCCCUUUUCAAGGGGAGAUAAUAGUGAAAAUACAUUGAUGAUUUUUUAAAAAUCUUUUCCAGAACCACUGGGCCAAUUUCAACCAAACAUGGCACAAGCAUGCUUGGGUGUAGGGAAUACAAGUUAAUUCAAAUGAUGGGUCAUGCCAUCUUCAAAGGGGAGAUAAUCAUAAAAAUAGGGUGGGGUCAUUUAAAAAUCUUCUUCUCAAGAACCACUGGUCCAGAAGACCUGGAAUUCACAUGAAAGCUUUCUGACAUAGUGUAGAUUCAUGAAAACCAUGACUCCCAGGGGUAGGUUGGGGCCACAACAGGGGAUCAACAUUUUACAUGCAAAUAUAUAGGUGAAAUCUUUGAAAAUCUUUUUCUCAAGAACCACUGGGCCAAGAAAGUAAAAAUUUACAUGAAAGCUUCCUGACAUAGUGCAGAUUCAAGUUUGUUAAAAUCAUGGCCUCUAGGGGUAGGAUGGGGCCACAAGAGGGGAUCAAACUUGACAUACAAAUAUAUAGGAAAAUCUUUUAAAAAUCUUCUCAAUAACCACUAUGCCAGGAAUGUACAAAUUUACAUGAACGCUUCCUGACAUAGUGCAAAUUCAAAUUUGUUAAAAUUAUGGCCUCCAGGGGUAGGAUGGGGCCACAAUAGGGGAUUAAAAUUUUACAUACAAAUAUAUAGGAAAAAUGUUAUAAAAUCUUCUUCUCAAGAACCACUAGGCCAGAAGAGCUGAAAUUUACAUGAAAGCUUCCUUUCAUAAUGCAGAUUCAUGUUUGUUAAAAUCGUGGCCCCUGGGGGUAGGAUGGGGCCACAAUAAGGGAUCAAAGUUGUACAUACAAAUAUAUAGGAACAAUCUUUAAAAAUCUUCUGAAGAACAUCUGAGCCAGAAAAGCUGAUAUUUACAUGAAGGUUUCCUGACAUAAUUCAGAUUCAAGUUUGUUGCCCCUGGGGGUAGUAUCGGGCCACAAUAGGGGAUCAAAGUUUAACAUACAAAUAUAUAUGGAAAAUCUUUAAAAAAAAUUCUUCUCAAGAACCACUGAGCCAGAAUAGCUGAUAUUUACAUGAAAGCUUCUUGACAUAGUACAUAUUCAAGUUUGUUAAAAUCAUGGCCUCUGGGGGUAGUAUUGGGCCACAAUAGGGGAUCAAAGUUUUACAUACAAAUAUAUAUGGAAAAUCUUUAAAAAUCUUCUUCUCAAGAACCACUGAGCCAGAAAAGCUGAUAUUUACAUGAAAGCUUCUUGACAUAGUGCAGAUAGAUUCAAGUUUGUUAAAAUCAUGACCCCUGGGGGUAAGAUGGGGCCACAAUAGGGGUUCAAAGUUAUACAUACAAAUAUAUCGGAAAAAUCUUCUCAACAAGUACCACUGAGCCAGAAAAGCUGAGAUUUACCUGGAAGCUUGCUGACACAGUGCAGAUUCAAGUUUGUUAAACUCAUGACCCCUGAGGCUAAGAUGAGGCCACAAUAGGGGAUUGAAGUUUUACAUACCAAUAAAUAGAUUUUUUUUAAAAAUCUUCUUAAGAACCAUUGGGCCAAAGAAGUUUACAUUUGCACAAAAGCUUCUUUCCUGGCUUAGUGCAGAUUCAAGUUUGUAAAAAUCAUGGUCCUUGGGGGUAAGAUGGGGCCACAGUAGGGGAUCAAAGUUUUUACAUACAAAUAUAUAUGGAAAAUCAUUAAAAAUCUUCUCGAGAACCACUGAGUCAGAAAAGUUUACAUUUACAUGAAAGCUUCCUAACAUAGUGCAGAUUCAAGUUUGGUAAAAUAACCCCACCCACCCCCCCCCCCCCCCCCCACCCCAAGUAGGUUGGGGCCCAAUAGGGACCAAAGUUUUAUAAGCAGAUAUAUAUAGGGAAAAUCUCUAGAUAUGAGCCAAGGUGACUCAGGUGAGCGAUGUGGCCCAUGGGUCUCUUGUUUCUAUGUCCACUCAUUCAACAAGCGGACAUAGAAAAAAGGGGGGAGCAAGAUUGAAGGUCUGGUUUUAAUCAGACUGCAUACAAAUAUAUAGGGAAAAUUAUUAAAAAUCUUCUGAUGAAGAAUCACUGGGCGAGAAAGGUUUACAUUUACAUAAAAGCUUCCUGACAUGGUGCAGAUUCAAGUUUGUAAAAAUAAUGGCUCCCGGGCCACAAUAGGGAUCAAAGUUUUACAUGGGAAUAUAAAAGGAAAAUCUUUAAAUAUGGGCCCAAGUGAGUAAUGUGGCCUAUGAACGUCUUGUUUAUUUUUUAUUUAUUUGAAGAAUUUAAUUUUAUUUACAAACUCUGAAAUAGUUCGAUCCUCAAUAUUUUAAAUCGCUUUUGCUUGUUAGGAAAUUUAUAAUUGUGUAAUGUUGUAAUUUUGAUGACAUUAAACUCAGCAAUUCAUCUUGGACUGUUUUAGAUUAGCCUUUAAAUGAUAAGAUGUUCUUCAUCCUUGUACAAUAUCUGCAUACUACAUGUAUGUGUUAUUUAUAUUAGAUAACUAAUUAUACCAACCUGUUUCUACAUGUCAGAGAAUUUUGUGUGUAUAUAUUCAAGGUCUACUGAGCUGUUGCCCUUUUCACACCAAAAAAAAUGUUUAAUAUUUUUUUUUCAAUUCUUGCAUUUACAUGAAUGGAAAUUUAUCUUUAUAUCCAGUCCUGUAGAUUUUCUGAUUUGGUAGUAUUUCCCAUAAGUAUUAAACCUUACAUACUUAUCAUCUUGUGAGGUGUGUUGAUUUGAAAGGCAGAUACAUAUCUUAAAAGUUAUAAAAGUAAGGUAUUUUGUGAAAAGGGACAUAAUGUCACGUUCAAUUAGAAAUUUCUGGUAUUUUUCUCAUUUAAAAUACAUAUGUAGAUCCGACAAAAAGUUUCCCCUCUUUGAAUGACUCAUUAGACACUUAAUUUCCUCGAGGAUAAAUUCUUUAAUCAAGAGAUUGUUCCAUUGUAUAAAUUUGACUGUGGAGUACUAUUUCCUUAAUUCGGUUAAAGCAGACAAGUGAGGGGCAUGAACUCGUGUUAACCCGGAGAACGCGUAAGGUCUUGUCUCGGACGGGACCCUGUUGUUGGAGUUACCUCUCGUGGGACCUUGUUACUUGUGCCUUCCAGGUGCUUCUACACAUCGAUUAAAUUUAUAGAUAUCACAUUUCGUAAUGCGUAGCAGAUUUUUAAGUAUCAAAUUUCAUAACAGCGUUUGAGCAAGGGUUCAAGGCAAGGUUCUCUUUUAAAAACAAACAGUACUGUUUCGUCCCCCAUAUUGUUCUGAAACCAGAGAUAUAUGUUUUCAUUUUUUUCGAUGGCCGUAUUCCAUAGAGGAUGAAAUAUGAUUACUGAUUAUAAACAGACCCUUGCGCUUGAUGACAUUUGUUCCUUUUUAUACAGUAACGCAAAAAUUACAUUCGAUCAUCGUCAGUGUAUCUUUCAACGUAAAGUGUUUGUUCAAAAAAGAAAUUCUUGCGCAAUUUUGUGUCCGCCCGACCGAUAUACGAUGUAGAACAGCUUGAUUUGUAAAAAUGUUUUUUUUUCUUUUAUAUUACAGUGAAUGUUGCAUUCAGGUAAUUUAUUUUAUCUUCCUGAAACACGCACCGAUUGUAGCAGUGAUGUAAAUCAUGUUUAUUUUUAACGUGUCGUGCGCCAAAUGUUUUGGGUUGUUGUUUUUUUUCUUUCUUAAAAAUAAUUUCAAUGUUAAAGUAUCAUAGAGUGUAUGGCAUAAAAUUUGUAAGUAAAAAAUAAAUGCACACAAAAUGACGAAAAAGCAAAUCUAUAUUGUAAAUAUAAAUCUCUCAUCGAUUAAGGAUUGAUCGAGAAUGGGAUAUAAGUUUUCAGUUGUUCAGCAAAAGGACUUUGUGAUGCAACGUUGAAAGUCCGGCAAAAAAAAUCUAGAGGUUUUUAAGAAAUCCUCGUGACAGUUCCCACAUAUCGAAUGAUACAGCAACAAAAAAAAUCUAAUCAAUCGAUUUCUGUUUUUGUUUUAGACAUACCCAUAUACAUUUGUAUAUUGCAGUUUGUAUAUUUCGGUGUGAACUCGGAUAUUUCACGGUUCACACUGAAGGUGGAUGAAUCACACCGUCUUCCAGUGAUGAAGACAAUCAAAAACAAGCUUACUAGAUAGAACCCUGCUGUAGUCGAUUUAGGAAUUCCCCCUCUCUCUAAUUACCAGUAAUUAUAGUUUUUUGACAGAUUUUACAUUUGUUUGCUGGGGUCUUGCACAUUUCGCAUUCCGUGUUUAUUUUCUCUGACUGCGUGAAGAAACACGCUGGCUUUCCCCUAACAAUUCAAUAAUUAUAUGAUGUUUAGACUUCUUUGAUAAGCUAAACAUCUGGUUACUUUGGUGAAAAUCGAAAUUUUUAAGAGAUAUUUUUUAUAACUGAAAUUCGAUUCCCUACUUUUGUGAGAACAGUUGAAACUGUCGUAAUUUUUUUUUAAUUAACUACCUACCAGACGAAAGUGAUUAGAAAAGAAGUAAAAACGUGCGAAAUGGUUAAGAUUGAACAGUAUUUUAAACAUCUGUGUGCUCAUUGUUUACAGUGUAUGCGCCUUAUGAUUUGAUCGUAAACGACAAAAACACUUCUGCUAAUGUAACACAAAGAUAAAGAAUUGUUUCAGGAAUUUUUAAUGCCGUGCAUAAUAUUGCAAAAUAUGCCAUUAUAGUUUUUGUUGAUUUUUUUCGAAGAUUAAAUGACGGUACGGUAGAGAGGCCUUUUUCAUACAUGUUUGAAUAAUGAAACAUAAGUGAUCGUCAUGUUGUUUUACUUAUCGUCUAGGCUAAUUAACAAACAAACAAAAAUAAAUGAAACGCGUCAUUCUUUUGCAAUAUUGACUACUAAGAAUCAAAAUAAAAUUAUUUUGUUUGUUGAUAACUUUUGAGGUGAGUAGCCUUUUGAAUUGACACGUGGAAUUUGGGAAAUCCAACCAUGACAUGAUUAGGGGAAGACUCUGAAAACUGAUCUUAGUUGAGGUACAUGUAGCAACUUGUCGCUGCUUUCUCCCUCCUUUUCUCAAGAGUUACUGACCGAUGACAAUUGCUCUGGUUAGCGGUAGGAACUCUAUACUAAUUACAAUGUAAUUUUUUCGAAUUCGGAAAGGGUUGUUUUUGGAGUGUUUUUGUAAGGGGCGGUAAUUUUUUUUUUUCAUCUCUGCAAUUUGAGAAAAGAAACUGUCAUUCGUAUGCCUCUAAACAACCCAUACUUAGCAACAAAAAAAAGACUCUGCUUUGUGUGUGUGUGUUUACUUCCAAGAAGGGGGGGGGGGAUGUUUGUUCGAAGAAGUCUCAUUCGAUAUUGCUUCCAACGGGUCUGUAGAUUCAGACACUUGGUACCGAGUUUCUGACGCCGCGGCGGGACACUUGGUACCGAGUUUCUGACGCCGCGGCGGGUCUGUAGGAAUCGGACAGCUUAGUACCGAGUUUCUGACGCCGCGGCGGACACUUAGUACCGAGUUUCUGACACCGCGGCGGGACACUUUGUACCGAGUUUCUGACGCCGCGGCGGAGCACUUGGUACCGAGUUUCUGACGCCGGUAUGUAAUAUCUUGGCAUGGUGUGAAAUAACACAUUUUUUUUCUAUCUCGUACUUACAACAGGUAGAGAAAGGAAGAUCCCUAUCGACGUCUGCGUCAAAAAGUCACGGUCAAAAUUUCAACCAUUGAAUUCAACAAAUGUUUUGGACACCAUAUGAAGAAUGCUACAUAAUUUUAUAGGGCUGUGCAUACCUGUAGCGCUUUUUUUGUCCUCAAUUGGAUUUCUACUUUCUUUUUCGUGUUUCCCAAUGACCGUUGGCUUGGAAAACAAAUCUACCUGUCUGCUAUCUACCGAUAAGCUAUCAGAUUGGGGACCAGUCUUGCGUGAUGCCUUACGGGGUUGACUUGCAGUCAAUGCCGUUAACCAUUUAGCUGGCCGAUAUGUGUUUAUCUGUAGAACCGACCAGGACUAACCUUACAGAAAGCGGACUCAAAGAAAACCCUGUGUCUGAUUAUGACUUUGUAUCCAUUUCUUUUGUGAUGGAUUGCACACUUUGGUUUUGAUAUUUAUAUGUUUAGAAGAUCUAUCUGUAAAUUAAAGAUAUCUGCUCAUAAAUAAUGAUUGAAGUUGCUAGAUAUUCUAGUAUUGAUGGGAAUGAAUGAGUCUGUAACAAAUGUAACUCCAGUUCAUUAAGAGAUGAUAUUUAUUUUUUGAUUUUAAAAAUGUGAAAAGUUUGUUGAUGAAAUAUAACUUUUUGUGAUGUGAUAAAAAAAAAUGUACCGAAUUUUACUAUACUUAAUGAUGAAAAAAUUCAUGUACAUAUUAUGUUCCGAAGAGUCAUCUAUUCUAAAUCCAUUUUGGGAAAUUUAUUUUGAACAAUAUAUGCAACUAACAACAGUGACAUUGUGUUCAAACUCAUUUUUUUUGUGUGCUGAUGUACAGCGUUAUGUAUACAUUUGUGUGUAUUUUCAUGCUGCCCCUCGAGUGCCUUUGAUUGGAAAUAAAAUACGUUCUAUGUUCAUUCGGAA